AGACGACGAUGACUAUGAGAGCGGUUAGUCUGGGUUCAUCAAGGUUUCUCAACAAGCUCUCACAUCAUCCUAGAUUCUGACAAGGGCGAUUGGCCAUCCAUCGUAUACGACUUUGACGACUUAGAAGAAGAAAUUGACUUCUAUCGAGAAAGAGUAGCGCGGCACGAACAAGACCAAAAGAACGGACUGCGGUUGAUGCAAACGCGGCUGAUGCUCGGAAUUGCUUAUACUGCGGCAGGCAAGAAUGAUGAUGCCGAAGCGACACUGAUCAAGGUCAGGAAUGAGAUGGAAGAGAUUUGGGGAUGGAGUCACAUUGCCACUAUGGCCUGCACAAAGUCUUUGGUUCAAGUGCUUGAAUCCCUUGAAAGGUACGACGAAGCUCGGGACUUGUACGAGAUUGCCAUUAAGGCCGUUCGAUGUGCUCUGGGUAGCGAAUAUCCCUGGACCCUGGAGCUUUGCAAUAACUUUGCUUGUUUUCGCGCUCGGCGAUCCGAAUUUGACGAUGCAAAGAAGUUGUUUGAGGACGUUUAUCAAGCGAAGCGACAUGUCUUGGGCCAGCAUCAUCGAUCUACACUGGACGCACUCUGCAAUUUGUGCAGACUUUCGCCCGCUUCAGAUCACAGCAGUGACGAGCUUGCCAUGGAAAUCGCUGUUCAGGCUCUGAGGCAGGGCUAUGAUGACGACAGUAUUGUCGUCUUGAGCGUAGUAAAGCACCUCAGCUUCCUCUAUCAGCAAGGUGGGAACGCCGAGAAGAUGCAGGCUCUCUGUAAUGAAUUCGAAAUAGAAGCUUUGGCGGAGACAUAUUGUACCGCUUUCCAUGUGGACACCCUCAUUCCACCUCUCAAGACCCGGGGGCAGACCCAGGAUGUCAGCAUAUUACCAUUUGAUAUCUUCCAAAAAGUUCUAAGCAAAAUCGGGCCUACUUGGGCUAAGCGAAGCCUUCGUGGUCUCGAACGAACGCGGAAUUUCAUCUAUAAAUGGACCGGCAUGGACGUCAGAACUUUCACACAGCACUUCGUCGCGGAUGAAAAGUGGAUUGAGUGGGGCGGAUUGAUCAAUCCGGCAGUGCUCUUGGAAGAAGCCUGUGCAGCAGGACAUGAACCUGCCGUUGAGAUGCUCCUGGAAAGGUACGAUGAGUACGGCGAGCAUGAUGAUGAAAUGAAUCUUGACAUGCAGGGCGCUUUUCGAAAAGCGGUGGUUUCAGGUAGUGAGCCCGUUGUACGGCUCCUGCUAGAUCGAAGCGUCGAGAUAAACCACAUCGACGAAGCCGCGAACACGGCACUUCACGACGCAGCAAAACUGGGACAUGAUGCUGUUUCAGGUCUUUUAGUUGAGUCAGGCGCGGACACACACGCAAUGAAUGAAGACGGAAACACGCCGAUGGAUAUGGCGAUGAUGGCAGGCCAUGAAGGAGUUGUAAGGCUCUUCAUGGGCCACAACGGUGCUAUACUGACCAGCUCGACAACCGCUGGGGGUUCACCAUCUGUUGCAAAGGAUCUUUGGUAUGAAAGACUUCAGAGAACGGGCUUCGACGCAACUGUUGUUCAUUUCUAUAUUGGGGGCCGCGAUAAGGAAGUGGACGCCACCAAUGGCAUCUCUGGCGACGCUCACCGAGUGCAGAUUGUGCCAGUAGAAGAACUUGUUGGGAACUUCGACAAUGUGCUUUGUCAAGUAUUGGAGAACAGAACUGAACACGAAACCUUUCCGGAAGCGGACUUCAGAUGGAUACAUCUGCCUGCAAAUUGCAUGGAUUGGGUGGAGGCUCUUCUGACAACGUUACAACUCGCUGAAAAUGACGACCAGAGAUGUCCGGACUUACUCAAGAACGAGCUGUGGAUGCGCCAGCUCCACGAUCCGCCGUAUUCGUCCGUUCACGGCCGAUUUAUGAAACCUUUGUGUCGAGAAAUUCCAGGAUUUCCUACCUCCUCUGGGAGCAUGGUCGCUUUCAUGCCAUAUCUUCAUUGGGAAUCUGAUGAGAAGCGGAGAGAGAUGAACGAAAAGAUCGCAAAAGUCAAUGCAGCUCAAACGCUUGACAUGGCUCGGUUGACGCAGGCUUUAAAGAAUGGAGUGAAAGGAGCAUUUGGAGAACAGACGCCACAUGCAGGAACUGAAGACAAGAAUAUGGCGCUCUUGGGGCACUAUCUCUUUCCAGUGCCACCACAAUCACCGGUACAUUUACGUCGCACACUGGACCAGUUUCAGUAUUACAUGACGGAAAGCACAGAAGACCGUGACUCUGACCAAGUCAUAUCACGCUAUUUCAAAAGACGACACCCUGAUAUACCGCUACCUGUAAUGAUGAUCGAUCAGCUUUGGAUCUGGGUUUUGAAUCAAAAAACCGUCGUCACCAGCUUCCCCCAGCGCUGGGACAACACGAAAGGUUCUUCCCGGGACAACAGGAUCCUCGAUACAGGCAACGUUUUAGAUAGCGUCCUCACACGUCUCAAGCAGAAGGAAAGAACCCCGAUUGGAUCUGUCUUUGAUCUCUCAGAGCUGAUUAUGGCGCGAUGCCUAGGUCUAAACUACGAAAGGAUUGAGUGGGAGUACGAAAGAUACCGCUACCUGGAGAUAUUCGAUUAUUCGAUCAAUUACGUUGCACACGAGGAGGUCCGUUGUUUCAAUGAAUUCGCCAAUAGGGCGAAUAGUGAAGACAGUGGGAAAGAUGGUAUUGGCGAGACGAAAUUGGGCAAACAGAAGAGGAAUCAGAGGAGUAAGGAGGAGGAGAAAAAGCAAGAGGUGGGGAAGCAGUCAGGGGGGAAAAUAAACACCAAGGCGGCGAAGAAAGUACAUGCUGAGCCUGUGCCAUCAGUUGGGGAAGAGAUCGUGGCGGAAUGGAUGGAAACCACGAUCAACAGUCGUCAUUCAAAGGAUCGGGGCAGUGUUGUCUCAGCUAAGUCGGGAGCGCAAAACUAUGACGACGUUUUGUCUCGAACGAUGACAGAAGACGAAACUACCGGCAAUCCGCUGACAGCAAGUAUACAUGGACGACGUUCGGGCACAUCUACGACGUCAAAAGAGAUCCAGAAAAGGUGGCGGAAAGAACACGAAGAUGCAAAGACUGAGAAGAAAAAAAAAGGAGAGAUUCUCAAUGAAUUGGCGCGUCUACUUUCGAAAAGGACUGCCUCAAAACCACCUCGUAAGGUAGAGGAUUCAUUCGACAUAUCGCACGAGGUUGAGUUGUUGAGGGAAAUCAAAGAUAUCCGGGACGAGUUGAACAUACUCGGCAAUUUAUUCAGUCAACAGAAGCUCGUUCUCGAAACCUUUACUCGUAUUGUUGAAGCAAGGAGAAGGGACGGCCAAGUACCUGCUGCGGAUAUCACACAUCCGGAACCGAGUCUCAGCCACGCAGUGCAGAGACACAUUGCAUAUGUUGAGAGCUUGGAUAAAAAUGCCGAAAGAGUGUAUCGCCAUCUUGAGGAUCUCCUAGACCUGAAGCAAAAGCAAGCAAAUGUCUUCGAAGCCCGGAAUACGCGUGUCUCGGGGAACACCAUCACGGUUUUUACUAUCGUCACCAUUGUUUUCCUUCCAGCAUCUUUUAUGGCGGCUUUCCUCGCUCUUCCUAUCUUGGAGUAUCCCUCAGUUGGUGACGACAAGAUGGGGCUUGCUUAUGCUGUCAAAAAUACUGUGAUCACUACAGUUGCAGUAGCUUUCCCUUUUAUUGUGUUCGCUCUCUAUGUCAAUCCCAUCUUUAGGAUUGCCAGAGUGUUGACACUGCCAUUUCAAAAUGCGGCAAGGUCUGCUUACGAGGCCAGGCCGUUUCUCCUGCUUCUGAGCAGAGUCAUAUCCAACGUCUUGUGGCUGGUCUUCAAACAUCUCAGCAAGCUUGUAAAGCUUCUCGCCCUACUCAUGUUGUGGUCUCUCCGCUUGCUACUACUGAUGCUUGUCAAUUGGCGCCGAGUCUUCAUUUGGACCAGGGGGAUGAGAGACGCCAAGAGAGAAGCGAGGAGUACUGGCCAAAAAUGGAAAAAUAGGCGUUAUGUCACUGGAUAUCUCUUGAGAAAGUUGAAUAGGCCAGAGCAGAGCGAGGGAGACGAUGUCGAGGAGCAGCGAGCAGGGGAAGUUUCAUCGGAAACACAAAGCAGCCGCCUCACCUACGGUGCCUCCCUGUCAGAAGUAUCUCAACCACCCGUCGAUGAGAAUGCGGUCAGCGAAAGAGCGAUGGGUAAGAGAGUUGCCAGCGGAUAGAAUAUCUGCAGGGAAAAGAUCUGUGAGAGCAGUUGACCAAGGAAAUCCCACGCAGUGAGGAAGCGAUUGCCUUGGACCCAGGUUUCAGAGUUUGGGGACAUGCACUGAUGUGAUGAUGACUGGAAUAUGGUCGCGUCGAAUGCGAUGUGGAAUGAGCGCGAUAUUGGGAUUGGCAAUCAUGCCUACAUGUACAGAUAAUACUAGGCCAAAGAAUAUCGAUGUCACUUUUCCACCG